CUAUUUCCGUAAAACAUGGAUGAAAGCGUACUUUACGUCUCUCCGUUUCCGUGCCUAGUAGACGCAACCGUUCCCUCAACUCUGAACACGUGUCUCAAAAAAAAAAAAAACUCUGAACAUAGAAGCUUCACCUGGAGUGCCACGGCACCGCGCCGCUGUCUCCCCGGAGCUCAGGGAUGGAGGGGCGCACCCUACUCCGCGACCAGGCGGCACCCAGCGCGUCCGCCCCCACUGGCCGCUCCGCCUCGCAGGCGACGGGGGACGAGGCCGCGGCUAAAGUCGUCCUGUCAAAAAAAGCAUGCGUUUUUUUUUGCAGAAUUGUCAAAAAGGAGUUGUGUCUCAUGCAAUUCAAAGGAUUUACAAGCCAUGUCAGAAGAUUCUGCUAAAACGUUGCUAGAGCAGGUGGCUGGUUGGGAGAUGAAAAAUGAGGGUGGCAUUCUGAAAUUGCACAGGGCAUGGAAGGUGAAGAACUUUGCCAAAGGGCUUGAGUUCUUUCAGCUUGUUGCUGCUGUUGCCGAGGAAGAAGGUCACCACCCAGAUCUUCAUCUUGUUGGUUGGAAUAAUGUGAAAAUUGAUGUGUGGACUCACUCAGUCAGUGGUUUAACAGAUAAUGAUUUCAUCCUUGCUGCAAAGAUCAAUGAACUCAAGCUAGGAGAGCUUUUGAGCAAGAAAAAAGCUACUGCCCAGGAGUAGCUCUCGUGAAUCAAAAGAUAUCCUUUUGUAUUUUGUCACAAUUGCAUAUGCCGCUCCAAAAGCAGGAUUCGUCCAGUAUAUAUUCUGGGAUAAAUGAUGGUUUGGCGAUGCUAUUGGUUCUUCAUGAGAAGUUCAAGGAGGAUUUCUGAUAUUAUUUUAUUGUUAAUGAGUCAUGCCAGUAAGCUUUCUGUAUUUGUUCGCCAUGAGGAGCAAUGGGGCAUUGCACACUUACCUAUGUAUACUGCUACCUGAUUAUCGUUGGUCUUUUGUAUAAAUAAAGGCCUUGCUAUCAUUAUGUAUGGUCCUUCUUCCCCAAUGUGUAUUAUGAAUGGUCUUUUGACCUGCGGAAUGUAUUCCUAAUCCUGAUCUAUAGAACUGCCUUCCUGAACUUGAUA